AUGGAUAUUAUAAAGCGUUGUCCAAGUGUCAAUUUAAGCUGGACAGGUCUGCAAAGCUACUGCUGGCGCCAAAUUGCUGAAUUCCUUCAAGCUCUCCAGUUGCCUGGAAAGCCUACGCUGAUGCAGGAGAAAACGGCCUUCGAGAAUUCAAGGUCCAUGGUUAUUGACCUCGCCAAUUUCACAACGAACCUACCUGGUCCUGGUAUCGGUCUGCGCAAAAUUGCAAGAGAGAAUUUGGGCCAAAUUCUUGAUGAACUAUAUAUCCGGGGUUUACCAAAGGAUAGUAACGGUGCAUUAGCCUUUGAAUGUUUGUCAUAUCUUGUGAGGGAUGGCGGAUUAAGUGGUUAUAAACUCGGACAUCGCUUCACAAGCACCCUUGGAGGCCGUUAUCUGGAACCAGUAUAUGUAUCAGAGCUUGGAGAAGACUUGAAAAUCUACCUUGGACAAGCAUUCAAAGCACAGGCAGAACACGUUGAUGGGGAAAAUCUAGGGAAGCAUAUUGUGAAAGUACUCUCCAAAACAUUCACCGGAUAUGAGGGAGAUAAAGUGUAUUUUCAUUCUGCAUUGGGAGCACCUUUUAGAAGUGAGGGAGCAAGGAGGAUUAACCUUGAUGACGAAGAUCUGGAGGAAAUCUAUGGAAAUGAUCUAGUCAACGGUGGGGGAGUCAUCAUGGAAGAAAGCUGGGGUUUUGAUGAUGGUCCGGAUGCUCGAAUAUGUGAUAAUUGCAGCGGUAUGUUUGGUUAUCAUUCAGGAGAACGUAAAUCGCUGGAACGAAAUGGUGAACAUGGAGCUGAAGUUGGAUUCUUUAGGGAGAUAGGCCUACAAUUCGUGUAUGAGGGUGGAGUGCGCGUAGCAUAUACGACGUUGGAUUGA